UCAGUCAUUCAGACCAAGCAGCCGUUAUCGAGCGCUUUGAGCUUAAAAAGGUCCAAGGUCGUUGAUAAGGAGGUGCAGGUGCAGCCACAAAACAACAUAUACACUCUCUCUCUACAACACCCCACCGCAACCCCGUCCGUCGUCGUGUCUCUUUGACUUCUGCAAUCAUAGCUCUGUUUCCCGCUAUUUUCUCUACCUCUCCAUGCGAAAACCUUUUGGCGAACCCUAGCCGGCCGUAAAAUUUCUUAUUUUACGGCGAAAAAUGGAAGCUCUGGCCGAGGGACUGUGGGGCCUCGCCGAUUUCCACGAGAAGAAGGGGGAAAUCGGGAAGGCCGUCAAGUGCUUAGAAGCUAUAUGUCAGAGCCACGUAUCAUUCCUCCCGAUUAUCGAGAUCAAGACUCGGCUUCGGAUUGCGACUCUUCUGCUGAAGCACACGCACAAUGUCAAUCACGCGAAGUCUCACCUCGAACGAUCGCAAUUACUUCUGAAGUCCAUUCCUUCAUGUUUUGAACUGAAGUGUAGAGCAUAUAGCUUGCUGAGCCAGUGCUAUCAUCUUGUGGGUGCUAUCCCUCCACAGAAACAGAUCUUAAACAAGGGUCUAGAACUUGCAGCAUCUUCUGGAGAUGGGUUUGCAGUGAAGUUGUGGACCUGUAACUUCAAUUCACAGCUUGCAAAUGCUCUGAUAAUUGAAGGUGAUUACCGAAGUUCAAUUUCUGCUUUAGAACGUGGAUAUAUAUGCGCCACUGAAAUAUCCUAUCCAGAGCUUCAGAUGUUUUUUGCUACUUCUGUUCUGCAUGUGCACCUCAUGCAAUGGGAUGAUGUAAGUUUGGUUGAGAGAGCUGUUGAAAAAUGCAAUGAGGUCUGGGAGUUCAUUCAACCUGAUAAAAGACAUCAAUGCCUUGGUUUGUUCUUCUACAAUGAGCUGCUGCACAUGUUCUAUAGGCUCAGGAUAUGUGACUACAAGAAUGCUGCUCAACAUGUUGAGAGAUUGGAUGCUGCUGUGAAGGCUGAUUUGCAGCAGGUGCAACAUAUCCAGGGCUUGAUCACAGAGAUAAAUAACAUAAAUCGGAGCCUCUCUCGGUCUGACUUACAUCCUAAGGAAAGAUCAGCCCUGUUCCAAAAACAAAGUCAGCUUCAAGAGCAGCUGAGAAAUAUAACUGGAUUGAGUUCAACCGGCAAUGAUUCUAUGGAACUGCCUCAUUUUGAAAAAGUGAAACAGAGAUGGGGAGAUAAGCUAGAGCUAGCACCUCCUCCGAUAGAUGGAGAAUGGCUACCAAGGAGUGCUGUCCAUGCACUGGUUGAUCUUAUGGUAGUCAUAUUUGGGCGUCCGAAAGGGUUAUUUAAAGAGUGUGGAAGGCGUAUUCAAUCUGGAUUGCAUGUGAUCCAAGAGGAGUUGGUGAAGUUGGGGAUCACUGAUGGUAUGAGAGAAGUAGAUUUGCAGCAUUCGGCCAUCUGGAUGGCAGGGGUGUAUCUGAUGCUUCUAAUGCAAUUUCUGGAAAACAAAGUUGCUGUGGAGCUAACACGGUCAGAAUUUGUUGAAGCACAAGAGGCCCUAUUGCAGAUGAAAAAUUGGUUUUUUCGUUUCCCAACAAUCUUACAGGGAUGUGAGUGCAUUAUUGAGAUGCUUAGAGGACAGUAUGCACAUUCCCUUGGAUGUUUUAGUGAAGCAGCACAUCAUUUUAUUGAAGCAGCGAAGCUUACACAGAGCAAAUCAAUGCAAGCAAUGUGCCAUGUAUAUGCAGCUAUCUCUUACAUCUGUAUUGGUGAUGCGGAAUCAUCCUCCCAGGCACUUGGUUUAAUUGGACCAGUUUACAGAAUCAUGGAUUCUUUUGUUGGAGUGCGAGAAAAAACUUGUGUCCUUUUUGCGUAUGGCCUUCUAUUGAUGAAACAGCAUAAUCUACAAGAAGCAAGAAUUAGAUUGGCCAGUGGCUUGCGGAUCACACAUCAACAAUUGGGGAAUAUUCAACUUGUUUCACAGUAUUUAACAAUUCUUGGUAGUUUGGCUCUUGCAUUGCGUGACACUGGACAAGCCAGAGAGAUUCUAAAAUCUUCUUUGACAUUAGCAAAGACACUUUAUGAUAUUCCAACCCAGAUGUGGGUGCUGUCAGUCUUAACAGCUUUGUAUCAAGAACUGGGUGAAAGAGGAAAUGAAAUGGAGAACUCUGAAUAUGAAAGGAAAAAGUCAGAUGAUCUACACAAAAGACUUGCAGAUGCUCGGUCAUCUAUACAUCAUAUUGAAUUGAUUGACAAAGUAAGAUUUGAAGUUCGACAACUGCAUGAAAUUGACAUUAAACGAGUAAUUUCUGGCCCAUCAAUAAGUGCCAAUCUUGACAUCCCAGAGUCUGUUGGUCUAUUAACCCCAUUGCCUGCAUCAUCAUCGAGGCUGGUGGAUAUGGACACUGGAAGACGUGGGAAGAGGAAAAUCUAGUUUUACUUGUGCCUUAAGACGGAAUCAUUUUGGAAGGAAUGCUGGGUGUACAACUGUUCUUGCCGCUUCACAUUUUUUUUUGCAGAAACGUAUGGAAGCGGUAAGAAAUAUCAAUCUCACAAUGUUGUAUAAGAAUGCAAGCUAACCCCAAUUCAAGUUUACCAGCUGUGUUGUUGUCUUGUUGAUGUGAUUAUCAGGCCCAUAAAGUUCAUGCAACACUGUUUAGAUUCAUUAUUACUCUGAGGAAAGAAAAUGGCUAUUGCAACACUGAACAUAGCUUUUUUGUAUAGAGCUAAUGUAAUUAUGAGCUAAUGUAAAGAAAGAGUACUUCUUAGGUGCUUAGAAUGCCUUCUUUCAGAUCAGAGUUGAUUGUAUGUAACCACGUUAUUGGCACCAGUAUGGGCUAUGCAUCAAUUGUUGUUUAGCUUGGCAAUGGUUUGACAUUUCAUGUAAAACUCACUGAUAUGAUAAAUCCUAUUGGACUGUCGGAAGCAA